CCUUUGCUGGAGAGCCAGUGCUGUCCAAACAGCCCCCACGUGGUGAGCUCGGGGCUUUAUCUCAUUGGUGCCACCUGCCAAGGCAGGGAAGGAACGCCUGGCCAUUUGGGGAGUGCUGGAUGGUGAUACAAUGACCACUAUAAAUGUCAGCCGGGCCGGCGAAGGGUGGCCAGGAAAGGACAAAGGCAGCUGCAGGGUAAGAGGAGUCACCUUCUAAGAUGGAGAAGUUCAAGGCUGCGAUGUUGUUGGCCAGUGUUGGUGACGUCCUGGGCUAUGGGAACGUCUGCAGGGAGAAGAGUGCUUUGGGCUCAAUCCAGGAGGAGCUGCAGAAGACAGGGGGACUGGACAGCCUUGUGCUCUCCCCUGGAAAGUGGCCAGUGAGUGACAACACCAUCAUGCACAUGGCAACGGCUGAGGCCCUCACCACAGACUACUGGUGCCUGGAUGACCUGUACCGUGAGAUGGUCAAGCGCUACGUGGAGACUGUGGAGAAGCUUACAGAACAUCGGCCGGACCCUUCCACUAUCGAGGGCUGCUCGCAGCUGAAGCCGGAUAACUACCUCCUCGCCUGGCACACGCCCUUCAGUGAAAAGGGUUCAGGGUUUGGAGCUGCCACUAAAGCAAUGUGCAUUGGGAUGCGGUACUGGAAGCCAGAACGGCUGGAGACCCUUAUUGAAGUCAGCAUUGAGUGCGGCAGAAUGACCCACAACCAUCCCACAGGUUUCCUUGGGUCCCUGUGCACUGCUCUGUUCGCCUCUUACGCAGUGCAAGGCAAGCCACCUGUACAGUGGGGAAGAGAUAUGCUGAAGGUGCUUCCGCUGGCUGAGGAGUAUUGUAGGAAGACCAUCCGGCACAUGGCAGAGUACCAAGAGCACUGGUUUUACUUUGAAGCAAAAUGGCAGUUUUAUCUGGAGGAGAGAAAAAUCAGCGAAGACACAGAGAACAAAGCCACCUUCCCCGACAACUAUGACGCAGAGGAGAGAGACAAGACAUACAAGAAGUGGAGCUCAGAAGGCCGAGGUGGGCGGCGCGGCCACGAUGCCCCCAUGAUUGCCUACGAUGCCCUCCUUGCUGCAGGGAGCAACUGGUCCGAGCUGUGCCAGCGGGCCAUGUUUCAUGGAGGCGAGAGCGGAGCCACGGGGACCAUCGCCGGCUGCCUGUUCGGGUUGCUGUACGGCCUGGCCACCGUGCCCCGGGGCUUGUACCAGGAACUGGAGCACAAGGGCCGACUGGAGGACUUGGGCACAGCCCUGCACCGCCUGUCCACAGAAGAAAACUCCAGGAACAGCCAGAUCUCCCGUGAGAAGAUGGCCAUUGAUGCGCAGACACUCAAGAAGAAGAUCAGCAGGACAUGCGACGAGGCAGCCCGCACCAUCCUCAACAGCCUCCUGCUUUACGUCUUAGACCGUGCCGACGGGCCCCAGAAGGCAGAGAACAGAGCAACCAGGGUCAACCGCCCACCCCAGCUCCAGGAGGCGGGCCGGAGACCCACACGGUUCCAGCUUCUACAGGCUAAGUUCAUGGGCACCGGCCGGGAUCCCCACCUCAAGAAGACCCGGGAAGUGGGCCGGCUGAUCUCCAAGGACAAGCAAGGGCCGGGCAGGAGUUUUGUAAAUGCCACUAUCAACAAGCUCCUAGAAAAGACCAAGGAAGGAGGCAACGGUGCCAGCCAGAGGACCCCAAGCAGUGAGAAGCCCCGGUGGAGCCCCGCGAGUGGGAAGAGCACCGUGAAAAACAUCCUAAAGAAGUUCUUGGCUGCAGAAGAGAAGGAAGCUAAGGAGAAAGAGGCACGAGAGAAACCUCCUGCCCAGCGGCCUGGCGCUGCCAGGGGCCUCCUGCCGCGAAUCGUGGGCCGGAGUUCCAUCCUCUCCAAGCUGAGAGAAAGAUUUGAACAGAGUGGUUGUCUGCACUCAGAGGCUGGUGUGCUGCCCUUGCACAGAGAAGGACGGAAGAGCAGGAGCCUACAGAAGAAGAAAGUGCACAGGCCACAAGUGCGGGUGCUCCACGUGGCCACCAUGGCUACCAGCUGCACCAGAACUCCCCCUGCCCGGUUCCUGGCCUGCACAGCCGAGCCCCUGCCAGCCCUCAGCAUCGCCACCAUUGUCUGCGGCCCCCAGAGCUGGCUGUCCCAUUGCGCAAAGCUUAGUCACUCGGAGUCCAGACGUUGGCCCGUUGGAGAAACCAUCAUGUCCUCCAGCUCAGAAAGCCUGGAACCCGGAGGAAACGAAUCCAAAGAACUCAUGAAUGAGGAACGCAAGGAACAACUCCAGUCCUCGGUGUCCCAGGCCUCGGCUCCUGUGGGCAGUCACGUGGCUAUGAACGUGGGUUUCUCGGGCAUGUCUACCAAAGGCCAAGACCUGUCUGGCCAUGCAUCGGUGUUGUCCCCACUUGGACUGGACAGCCCCAGAGAUACUGGGGUAGUCAGGAAGGACAGAAGAACAGAGCCCAACACACAGGAGGUGGCACCUGACACCCAGGAAGUGAAGGAUGGCACAAGAGAGGCCCCUGAAAUCACCAUGACUGUGUGCAGCUCUGAGGAUGAGGCAGAAAGGACACCUUCAGGCCCAGAAAGAGAGCCCUUCUUUGCCAUCCAGAGGCACCUUCCGGAACAGGAGGCAGUGGCUCAGAUCCCCCUCCCAGCCCCUUUAGCAGUCCAGGCUGAGCGGCGAACGCAGCCCGCCAUCAGGCCUCCACAGAUAACAGUACAGCUUCCUAUUGUUCACGAAAUGCCAGCCUUUCCCGGCCUUCUGCAACACGCCACAAGUCGUGAAGACGAUUGUUCUCAAGUUCUGAGACGAGAGGAUGGGACUGAAAAUAAACAAGCCGCAUUUUCCACUGGGACUGAGGAAAGGAGGGGUUACCAAACCCCCACAGCACUGAGUAAACCCCAGGGGAUGCCAGUGAGUCUCCAGCCUGCAGCAGAAGGUGGACUCCAGGAAGACGGAAGAGAUGACACCCAUGUGGUUGGUGAUGCCUCACAGACGUUCCCAAUUCCAAUCCCUUCAAAAACGUUUCCUAGUGGAACAGAGAAAAAGCCCAGCCCCGAGGACUCACGUGACCUCAGGAAUUGCAGUGGAACUUCGGAAGAGUGUAUCUCUGACCUCACCUGGGAAAGGCAUCUGUGUCCAGAAUCCAGUGAGGCCCCUCCAGCUGGCAAUGGCACCUCAAGUCAUCCCACUGUUGGGAGAAGCUAUGCAGGAGUGGGCACCAGCUUGGCCACUGGCCUCCAGCAAGGGGUAUCCCCCACAGAGCAGGUGCCACCCCAGGGCUGCGUAAGGCCUGGGGGUUCUAUAGCGUCAGGCAAAAACAUCCAGUUUGGGCAGGAAGAGUGCAAAGAGCCCCUGAACGAGUCGGCUUCACCCCCAAGCAUGGCUCAGGAAAGCGUCAGCCAUGAUUUGGGCAACGACAGCCAGUCCACAUUCAAUGAACAGCCUACUGCAAGCUUCGGAGUCUCUGGGGAGGCGACAGCUAGAGGGACCGUCACUGGUCUCACAAUGCCGCAGCCAAGUAGCACCCAGAACCCUGAAUGCAGGAUAACGGCACAGCCAUCUGGUGCUCAGGACGCCGAACCCAAGAUAACGCCACCUAAGGGUGGUUCCAAGGAUGCUGAACACAAGAAAACACCCCAGACAAGCGGUGCCCAAGAUGUCAAACACAAGCAGAUGUCAUGGGCAAGGGACACCCAGAACAAUGUACACAAGCUGACUCUACAGCCACCUGUUUCCCCGGAUGUUGAACCCACGAUGACACCAGGUCUAGGUACUUCCCAAGAGCCCAAGCUAGCACUGGGACCCAGUGGUACCCAGAAUGCCGAACACAAGACAGCACCACAGCAAGACAGAACCCAAGACACGAAACAGGUGACACCAUGGCCAGAUGGUACCCAGGAUAAUGAACACAAGAUAACGCCACACGGUGCCCAGGACCCUGAACACAAGGCGGUGUCACAGACGGGUGAUGCCCAAGAUGAUGAACACAAAACAACCAUAUGGACAGGUGGUGCCCACACCCCUAGACAGAAGGCAACAUCGAAGCCAGGCAGUACCCAGGAUGCUAAAUACAAGAUAAUGCCACAAGCAGGUGGUACCCAAGACACUGGAUACAAGAGGUCAGCACCAGUCGGUGAUGGCCAGGAUGGUGAACAUGGGCCUGAACACAAGACAACACCAUGGUCAGGUAGUAUCCAGGACUACAGAGACAAGGUAACACCAAACGCCGGCAGCCACCCUUUGGUAUUGAGCAGGUCCUCGAAGGAGGAGUGCAGAGCCACUGAAGGAAGCAUCUCAGAAGACACGGUGCAGACCCACGUCCUAAUGUCAGCAGCCCCGGCUGCUGAGCCGGGGGAAGCUGCAGAUUCUUGCCCGGUGCCUGUUAAGUCUCCACCGUGUGCUUCAAGUGAGCCAGCGCUGAGAACAAGCAGUUGGGGUACCGAGAACAAAUUGACGGCCCUGCAAAACACAGCAUCCCCAAGACCACAAAAGAACCCAGCAGAGCAUCUGGGCCACUCACAACCGCCCUCCGUGGGCCUACAGGCACUGGACGGAAAGCAUCCUGAGAAAGAACAACACUUCUCUGGUGCACCACAUUCCUCUACAUAUCCUCUGAGGCCAGCCGCAAAGGGAGAGACCAGGCAGGUGGAGCCGGCCUAUGGUCCAGAGCCUCCUGUGUCCACCCAGAAGGCAGAGCAUAGGUCUGCCCCUCCUCAGACAAAAAGCUUAGGGAGUGAAGCCAGAGAGAGUCUACCAACACAGGGGGACAUGGGCCGGCCGCAGGGUCACCUUGGACCAGAGGAAACCGGUACAGGGCAUGCAAGAUUACACCAGACUGGACAGUCGGAUGAUCUGUGUGUGGCAGAGCCCGAAAAGAUGCCAGUGGAAGAGAAUCCCUGCUGGCACAGGGACAGGGAUCAGGAGCAUCCCCUGAGGCCACUGGGCAUGCAGGAAAGGAGCCCAGCUCAAGGAGACAACCUUCAGGAUGAUGAGAACCUAGCCACCCCAGGGAACCCUAAGAAGCCUUGUGACUUGGCUAUGCAGAAACGGACUCAGAGUCAGGCACAGGCCAGCCAGCCAGUACCUCAGGCCUGGGGACAGCCUGACAGCACACCUGAAGAGGAACUGACUGCUGGCACACGUGAGGAGCCUCCCAGUCUGGGCCCCACUCCUGGCCAUCAGCAAAGCCCAGGUGCCCCGCACCUGCCCCAAGAAGGCCAGUCCCUGGCUAGUAGCAGGACCACAGCCUGCUCCCUUGACAGAGCAGAUGACUCUCCCUGGCUCACCUCGAAUGCUGGGGGCCACCCGCUCUUCCAAACCCUUGCCCAGGAUGGGCCCCCAGAUGCCCCUAGGGCAGAAAAGGACCUCUCAGACCAUAGGCAUCGCAGGUCGGUGCAGUUUGCAAAAUACCGUGCCCAGAGCUUCCGUGACCAGAAAGCCUUUGAUCUGUCCUUUAGGCCCAGAGUCCUCAGGGCGAGUGAUACUUUUGAGCCCCCAAAGUGAGGACUCACUUGGAGCCAACAUGCUUGUCUCCGAAUGAACAUGACUUUGAGCAUCCCCUAAAGAGAAAAUGUAGACAUUAGUGUCUCUCAUUUCCUCUCACUUGACAUGAACUAGUCCUGGGGAUGCAUGUGGGUGGUGCUUCCCAUAUUUGAAGCCAGGCUUCUUCAAAUGAGGGAGGUGUUAGCUAUCCAAGGCUGCUGGCUGUGGCCCACAUCUUGUGACAUCUGACCGGCACUGUGACGUGGAGGACACAGAGACCUCACUCCUGUCUUGACAGAGGAGGGAUCAGAGCCAUGGGCUGCCCACUGGCCCUCUGCUCCCCAGAGCUUCCCCGCUAUGCCCCUGCCUACUACCCAAAGUCAGUGCCUGUGACCUAUGACCUGUGACCUGACCCUUCCAUACUGGGAAGUGCAAGGCUUGCCAAGCCAUGUCCCACUUCUAAGCCGGUACCAGAGUCUCACUGAUCACAGCAGGCAGAACCUUGGGGUCACAGACUGGCUUAUCCCUUCAGCAGACAUCAGGAGAGGCGACCCCAAGGAGCCACAGGAGGCGGUCUCAGUGUUGAUUUGAGGCACACAACUCCAAGCACGCUUUUGUUUAGAACUGGGUGGCCACUUCUAUUGUCGCUGCGACUGCCUAGCAUCCCUAGCGGGACUCAUGAGGCAACCCUCCCACUGCAGGAGCUGCAUGGGAUUGCAGUGUUCGGCUGCUGACUGCAUCUCCGUCUGGAGAAGCUGCUGUCCUGAGGUGUACGACGAAGGUGACCGCCAGCCAUUGCAACACGGCUCAGGAUCGUUUCCAUGAACAGCUCCCGGGUUCCAGACGGCCCCGUACAUGUGUCUAGGGAACACAUCCGAGCAGUCUGCACCUCUUCACGCUCUGGUCGUCACGCCACCUGACUUGUGGGGAUGCCCCACACCCCACAGAACCGCAGAAGAGCUGAGGUGGUGGUCAGCAUCCCAGGAUGCUCUCCUUCGGGUGGUGAUUUCCUAGGUUUCUGCUCCUUGGAGACUGGCCCUUUGCUUUCCCCACAACUGAGAAAUUCCCUAAAAUGCUCUCCCCGCUCUGGAGCGGGCUCUCUAUCCUCUGGGACUUCCUUUGUUUUCUAGCUCAAAUAUCCACAACAAGAAUGUCCUGUCCUUUUCCUGAUGCGGCUGACUAUGGGUGUCCCCACCCCAGCUCAGGGACGCCUGAGUGGACAAAUGGGUCGUAGCACUGGAACCUGAGCCCCUGAUCAAGCCGGAAACACAAGGGUUUCGGGCAUUGAGCUCAGGGCUCCCUCUGUAGGAGGCAGGGCUUUUGCUGAAGUUACAGGAGCUGCAUGAAUUUCCUGAACACAGGGCACUGCCCCCUUGUGUCCAGUGUUCCAUCCUGGGGUCAUCUCCCAUAUCCUGGGGUCCUGAGGAGAUAGAUGCCUUGGUUUUGGUUUUUCAAGCCCAGCCAAUAUUGAUGGUACAUAGAGCUACAGGGUACAAUGAUUCCCUACCCUAGCCAGAGUCUCUGUGAAGCCAGCUCCUAGGGACUAUGAGACGGGAGGGUAGUCCCAGCAGAGUCCACGGAGCUCCUAUGGGCCUUUUCAGAGUUAUCAACAAGAUCUGCUCACACCAGGCGUGGCCAUGUAGUUGGGAGGUAGCUGGAACCCUUGGAGUGCCCAGGUAUGGCUAUCUCCCACCAGACAGGAGCAAAACCAGUUUACAGGUUUCUUUCUUUAUACACUUUGUUCCACAAAGGACAUGGGGUGAUGUGUGAUAAAAAGCAUGAGAGGCGGAGGAGAUAAAAACUGCAUGCUCAAUGGGCAUCCCUUUAAAAGAUGUCAGUAAUGGGACUUCGAUGAAGGGUUUUGUUCAUUUGUUUUUAAGAUGGAGUACUUUUGCAAAAAAAAGAACAAGCAUUUUUUCCCUCCUGCUGUUUCUAACGGGCCUGAAAAUUGUGACAAGUGAGCAAGGAAGGUCAUAGAGCAGGACCCUUGCAAGCCGCACAGGGUGGUCUGCCUGUCCCUGAUGACCACACAGCCACAGUGAAGUCGCCUGUGCCUGUAGGCUGAGGGAGGCACAGCUCUGCCCGGUGUUCAGGAAGCCUGUGAGCCAUUUAAUACAGCUCUAAUUGAAAUUAGGGCAAGUCCCUACCGCCCAGUCUAAAUUCAGUCGGCAGACUGUCGUCCUACGCGGGAGAGACGCGCAGCACUCCUGGGUUGAAACAGCCGACGCCUGAGGUGGUGUGCAGACCAUCCCCCAUAAGAUCCAAAUUUUAAAACCACUUAUUCCAGCCCCUAACUCAUCAGGUCACCUAAGGCACAGGAGCCACUCCCGUGUUCACACCCUGCUGCAGGCUUUCCAGGCUUUCACAGACCUGCAGCCCAGGCAGGACAGCUGGUGAGUGAGCCCUUCAGGUACGUGCUCUGCGGCCUGUGCGCUAGGUAAUAAGACACUCCCUCGGGACUGUCGCUCUCAGAAUGGUGCAGUCAACAUCGCUCAUUCUUUUUCAUCAAAGAUGCCAUUUUAGUAAUGUAUCAACCCACGA